AUGUCAUCCCAAGCCGUUGAGUAUAAACGUUUCCAGCAGAGCGAAGCAUGCAGCGAGGAGGGGUGUCGUGCGGCAAAAUUUUACAUUGAGGAUGGAAAGAAGUUUUGCCAGCGGGGUCAUGAGCAAGACGGAUUUACAGUAACCCAACAAGAUGAAGAUGAUUUCCUCCAACUGGGUAAAAUCACCCACAAGAAGCGUGAAGUUCACGAACACACAGCCAUCAAAUACAAAGGUAUCGCCGCAAAGAAGCUAUACUUGCAAUGCAUACAACUUGUUUUAUGGAAACAAUGCUAUUGGCUUGUCACAGAGAAAAAUUUUGCUCCAGAAAUUGAAACUAUCGUGAGAGACUUAUGGGAACUGCGGUUAAAAACUCUAUGGCUGGAAGAAGAAUCUAAUCCUGGCUUUUUCGGUAGCCAGAGUGAAGGGCAAUUAGGAAAAAUUUCUGGCCAAACGCGAAAGCAAAAAAAAAGAGGUACUGUUUCCGACAGUCAUAGCCAUCCGCAGUUAAUCGAGACACUUUCGCUUUGCUACUUAGCAGCCCUCCUUUUGCGUCUACCUAUUAGCUUGAGCGAAGUUUUAGGCUGGGCGUCUCGAGGAGAAAUGCUUAUGAAGAAGGUUAGGAUAAUACCAAUUGAGAUGAGAACGAAGCUGCCUGCUUAUUUCUAUUCAGCACUCGGAAUGAAAGCCCCACUCAAUGGAAAUCACUUACAAAGAAAAAUUAUGGAUCUGAUAGACUUAUAUUAUUUUCAUUUUAAAAUGAUAUUUCCACCUCUGAAUACGCCUUUGCUAUCAUACAAACACAUACAAGAUCUAGGGCUCCCCGUGGAGAUUUAUCCUGCUGUUAAACGUCUUGCAAGUAUUUUAGGUGUUAACUUUUCUUUUGAUGUCUUAUCUACAUCGAUUCGUGGACCACUUUCAUUUCCCGAAAUGAGAAUAAUAUGUUUGAUCGUAAUAGCAACCAAAUUGAGUCAGCCUUUUGACUCCCUUGAAAGAAUACCAGAGAAUAGUUCAGACCCAACCAUAUUAAAAAUAGACUGGAAGGCAUGGUUUAAAAUUAUGCAUGAGAAUCAAGAAAUAGGGUUUAAGAAGGGCGAGGAACUUAAUGUCAGGGAUACUGACGUCUGGAAUAUGGACGAUGUAAAGAUAGAUCAAUAUCUUGACUGGUUUCAAAAAAGUUGGCUGGAUGAACGUAAACCCAAAAUAUCGGAGUUAAUUCUCGACCAUUUCCCACUCCAGAGUCAAAGAAGUUACGAAGAAGAGAUUGGAGAAACUGAGCGAAGAUUUGAUAAACAAAUCCUUAUACAAGAAGCCUCCAUUCUACAAACCCCGAGCUCCUCAAUUGAAUAUGAUAAGUCGAAAAAUCUUCGGCCUGGAGCUAUGUAUAUACGUUAUCGGGCCCUGGGAGACUUAACUGAGGAAGCAAAGAAUUUCUAUGGGCAUGCAGCAUCUAAAGUCGGAGUUUCCACGAGUUUCCUCGUAAGGGCAGUUUUUCAGAUGGAGAUACAAAUUGAAUCAUGGCUCACAGCUAACAAAAAAAAAGAGCUGGAGAAACUAAGAUCCCUCAACACAGAGGGCGAUAAAUCUAGCGCUGUAUAA